AUGAACAAUCUUUUCAUCACAAUCCUUGUCUUCUUCCUCCCUUUUAUCUUCUUUGAUGGUUAUGUGGUGUUGGGCGGCCGGAUUCUCACCGGCCAUUGGAAGCCAAUUUCCAAUGUGACUGACGCUACGGUGGUGGACAUCGGGAAGUUUGCUGUGGAUGAGCAUGACUUGAAGGAUCAUGCAUCUCUGAAAUUUGUAAAGGUUGUUAGUGGAGAGAUCCAAGUGGUGGCUGGAAUGAAUUACAAAUUAACGAUUAAGACGGUCAAUGGUGGUUUGGAGAAUAACUAUGUGGCUGUUGUUUGGGUUAAGCCUAUUCAGAAAUCUAGACAGCUGGUGUCAUUCAAGGGACCCAUUUGA